UUUUUUUUUUUCUCCAUUUGUAUAUAGUGUGGAACUGCUCUGCUCUCUGAGAUCUUCACGAUGAGUGCCAUCACAUCUAAAUUGACCAGACAUCAGGAGCUGAAGUUGUGUUCUUUACUUGGUCAUGCUAAACUCAGUCUGCUGUUCAAGGCAAGUAAGCAUGGCUUCACUGCUUCUGCCUUCCACCAGAAGUGUGAUCGUCAGGGGCCCACUGUUACUGUAGCAUAUAAUAACUCAGGCUACAUUUUCGGAGCAUACAUCAGUAAAGAUUACGCUCAGACAGGUCAGAACAUAGCAGAUGACAAAGCCUUCCUGUUCAGCUUCAAUGAUCAUGAGGCUGAUAAAUCUCCUCUGCGUGUGGUGAGCACAGAUGCCAAUUGUUCAUUUCAAGAUGUGAACACAGGGCCUCAUUACGUCUCCUUGGCUUUUCUUUAUGAUAACACCACCGUGCGCAGCAAUCCAGGCACAUAUAAUUUUGACCCAGUGGAGAUGCACGGCAAUGACCUCAAGCUGAUCGAGUUGGAGGUGUACCGAGUGGAGGGUUUUGGAUCACUCAUGGAGAAACCAUGGAGAAACAUCGACUGGCAUUUGGAGAAGAGGAAAGCUCUGAAGCAUGAAAUCUCACGCUGGACUCCGAGUGCAAGCAUGGCACAGAAAGCUCGUGUGUUGCUCGUUGGUGCUGUGGGAGCGGGUAAAUCCAGCUUCUUCAACUCUGUUAAUUCCGUGUUUAAAGGCUAUGUGAACUGCCAGGCCAACACGGGCAUCGCUGGCACCAGCCUCACCACACAGUUCCGUGCAUAUUCCAUUAAGGCAGAUGGUAAGUUUUUGCCGAUCACACUGUGCGACACUAUGGGACUGGAGGAGGGAGUUAAUGCUGGACUGGACAUUGACGAUUUCACCAACAUUUUAAAGGGUCACAUUCAGGACAGAUACCAGUUUAACCCAUCAGUUCCUAUCCAAGAGGAUUCUCCUUAUUUCUGUAAAACUCCGAAUGUGAAGGAAAAGAUCCACACUGUUGUGUAUGUGUUGGACACCUGCAAGAUCAAACUGAUGUCUGAAAAGAUGAUUGAGAAGCUGGCUGCUUUCCGCAAAAAAGCCAACCACAUGGGAAUCCCACAGCUGGUUCUGUUGACUAAAGUGGAUGAAGCGUGUCGUACCGUGGCAGAAGAUCUGAAACACAUCUAUCAGAGCCAUUACAUCUACAAGAUGAUGCAGGAAGUGAGUGUACGUCUGGGUAUUUCUCUCUCCGCCAUGGUUCCAGUGAAGAACUACAGCAGAGAGCUUGAUCUUGACCCACAUACCGACAUCCUGCUGCUUAAUGCCGUUCUGCAGAUCAUCAGAACCGCUGAGGCAUACUUUGAUGACUGCUCCUACCAGGAAGAGUAGAAGAGUAGACUCCAGAACACUAGAUAUCUUUGCUUUGCUUCAGGCUUGAACCUGCAUGUUGCUGCUGUUUAAAUCACAUUUAUGCACAAAUUUGUCCUCCUCUGCUGAAUAUAACUGGCAUAAGCAGAUUGUGUUUUAUUGUGCUUUAAAAGAAAUCCCUCUUACCUUCCUGUACAUUCACAGUUUUACUGAUCUUAGAACACUUUUUGGAAUGUAAACUUUUUUUUUUCUGGUCGCAGCAGAGUUUCUGAAAGCUUAAAAAAAAAUAUUCAGAAAAGAAGAGAGUGACGUCAAGCACCUUUAUAUCUCCUGAGCAAUCAGAUAACUGAAAAAAGUGAGGCAUGUUAGUGAGUGAAUACAAGGUGGUUAAAGAUUCUGUAUUAAUUGAAUGGGUUUAUUCUAAACUCUGUUUUGGAACAGACUAGAGUCCUCCUUCACUGGGUUCUGCAGUUCUGGUUGUAUGGCUGUUUGUACGGUUCUAGAAUGAUUAGAUGUGCAUUAUAUCACAUAUGUGCAUACGGGAUUGGAACAAGGGCUUAUUUGCAUAUUGCGCUCAUUUGCAUAUUGCGUUGUAUUUCUCAUGGUGUUGUUUUGCAUUCCUUAAUAAACACGGCCUUCGGCAA